CUCCUGCAAGGCGGCUACGUGAUGCGUCACCGCGCUUACGUUUGGCCGUGAGGCCAGUCUCGCGUGAAGAGACUUGUGGCGCUGGGCUUUUCUGUAAGACAGGAGGCUGGGAACUUGAAAUUGACAGCUUUGCGGGAGGUCAAAGAGAUGCCCAAAAAGUUCCAGGGUGAAAACACCAAGUCAGCUGUUGCCCGCGCCCGCAAAGCUGAGGCGAAAGCAGUGGCAGAUGCCAAACGUCAGAAAGAAAUAGAGGAUGCUUACUGGCAGGAUGAUGACAAGCAUGUCAUGCGCAAGGGGCAGAGGAAGGAAGACAAGGAAAAAAAGCGCUUAGAGCAAUUAGAAAGAAAGAAGGAGAGUCAGCGUUUGCUAGAAGAGGAGGAUUCCAAGAUGAAGGGGAAGCCAAUAAAACCUGCAGCACCCUCCAAGGUAACACGAGCACAGAUUGAGGAGACGCUGCACAGAGAGGAAGAAGAGAAAGCUAUCAGCGAGAAACCUAAAACUCACCUGGAAAUUCCGCUAGAGGAGAAUUUGAACCGCCGUAUUUUGGAGGAAGGUGAAGUGGAGGCACGAACAGUAGAAGAUGCCAUUGCUGCUUUGAGCAUGAGCAAAGAGCUUGACCGCCACCCUGAGCGCAGGAUGAAAGCCGCCUUUACAGCCUUUGAGGAAAUAAAUAUGCCCCGAAUAAAGCAAGAGAACCCCAAUAUGCGUCUGUCCCAGUUGAAGCAACUAUUGAAGAAGGAAUGGAUGAAGUCUCCAGAGAAUCCAAUGAAUCAGCAGCAUGCCACAUACAAUGCACAAUAACAAAUUCUUCCCCCACAACUCAUCCACUUAGGUUGCAGAACUCCCGGCAAAGGGAAAAUAUCUGAACUUACCCCUCUAAGAGGGUAGGAAUUUGUGGGAGAAUUUAUGGUGUCUGUGGUACAGGAAAGAAGCAGAAAGACACUUUUUAGUGUUUGCAUUUUGCAGCAGGUAACAAAUUUUGAUUGUGUGCCAAAUGGCUGGUCAAGGAAAAUAACUCCAGCUGGACUGAAAUGACUGAACAGAACGCUUUUUGGAGAAGGAAGUUGGGUAGUGGCCAGAGUAUUAAUCCUUUUCAUACCAGUACCCUCUAGCAUUAAAGGAUUAAAAAGGUCAUUAAAAGUUUUGUUCCACAGUACCUAAAAUGAAUUGGUGAUUGUGAUGUUAUUUAUUUGGAAUGCCGGUGUGACUUAUGUUAACAAAUACAUUUGACAAGUGGAUGCCAUUUAAUUAACCCUGUAGCUAUAAGUUGGGCUGUUUACAAAAAGGAUAAAGCGCUGCCUUUUUUUUUUUUUUUAAUAUUUGCAGCGGUAGGACAUACAGUAGAAAACUGCAGUGUACAAAUACAGUCCCUGUGGCUCCUGUGAAUUUUGAAACAUUAAGGCAUAUUUAUUGUUUUAAUACAUAUUCCAUAUUUAAAAGGGACAUUAAGGCAAAAAUUAUGAUAUUACUAUUUCAUAUGCAUGGAUAAAUAAAUCUCAUUUGAAAUAUG